UAUAUCUUCUACAACCCUAGAUAUAUAAACGCCGAGCCUUGUCACUUGGAAUCAGCUCUAGGGUUUUUCCAAGCUUUAAGUCGCAGCUCAGCUCUUUCUUCAUCACCCAAAGCCAUAGCCAUGUCGAGGAGAAAGACCAGGGAGCCCAAGGAGGAGAAUGUCACUCUCGGACCAGCCAUAAGAGAAGGGGAGUUGGUGUUUGGUGUUGCUCACAUUUUUGCCUCAUUCAAUGAUACGUUCAUUCAUGUUACGGAUUUGUCUGGAAGAGAAACACUGGUCCGUAUUACUGGUGGCAUGAAGGUCAAGGCUGACAGAGAUGAAUCUUCUCCUUAUGCUGCUAUGCUUGCGGCACAAGAUGUGUCUCAGCGAUGCAAGGAGCUUGGAAUUACUGCACUGCACAUCAAACUUCGUGCUACAGGAGGGAACAAAACAAAGACUCCUGGCCCCGGUGCCCAGUCUGCUCUGAGAGCCCUUGCUCGUUCAGGCAUGAAAAUUGGCCGCAUAGAGGAUGUCACACCAAUUCCCACCGACAGUACUCGUAGAAAGGGUGGUAGAAGGGGAAGGAGGCUGUGAUUCCUUCUUUAUACUCAUUCAUGUGGAUGGAAUCUACAAUCAAGGAUGCUUUGAAUAUCUAGACAACAGUUGAGAUUUGAUUGCGAAUUUUUAUAUUUUUCAGAUACUGUAGCUUGUGGAAUGGUGGAACUGUUUGAUUUUGCUAAAUUAAGAAUACCUCUUAUCUUCUAUUU